AUGAGGGAAGAAAACCAGUCUUCUACCACAGAUUUCAUCCUCUUGGGAGUUACUGGGUAUCAGGAACAGGAAGAGUUCUUCUUCAUCCUCUUCCUGUUCAUUUACCCCAUCACAGUGAUUGGGAACAUGCUCAUCAUCCUAGCCAUUCUCUCUGACAUUCACCUUCACAACCCCAUGUAUUUUUUUCUUGCAAAUCUCUCCCUUGUUGAUAUUUUCUUCUCAUCUGUAACCAUCCCCAAGACAUUGGUCAACCAUCUCAGGAGUAGCAAAGCCAUCUCUUUUGAGGGGUGCCUGACCCAGAUGGAUUUAAUGUUAGCUUUGGGCAACACAGACAGCUAUAUUUUAGCUGCAAUGGCAAUUGACAGAGCUGUAGCCAUCAGCCGCCCACUUCAUUAUACAAUAAUUAUGAGCCCCCAGCUUUGUGUCCUGCUGGUUGUUGGGUCUUGGGUGGUUGGAAACACCAAUUCCUUUCCUCACACUCUGCUCACAGCUCGUCUGUCCUUCUGUGGAAACAAGGAAGUAGCCAACUUCUACUGUGACAUUACCCCUUUGCUCAAGUUGUCCUGUUCUGACAUCCACUUUAAUGUGAAGAUGAUGUACUUGGGGGUUGGUGUUUUCUCUGUGCCUUUGCUGUGCAUUAUUAUCUCUUAUGUUUGGGUCUUCUCCACAGUCUUACAGGUUCCCUCCACUAAGGGAACACUCAAAGCCUUCAACACCUGUAGUUCUCACCUGACAGUGGUUUCUUUGUAUUAUGGGACAGUCAUGGGCAUGUAUUUCAGACCUCUGAACAAUUACAGUCUGAAGGAUGCAGUGAUAACGGUGAUGUACACAGCAGUGACUCCAAUGUUAAAUCCUUUCAUCUACAGUCUGAGAAACAGGGACAUGAAGGCUGCUCUGGGGAAACUCUUCCACAGUAGAACCUCUGUGAGAUCACCACUGUGA